UGAUCUUUGAACCAGACACGCUGCUACAGCUGGCAACUUCACCCGGACUGGAUCCAGUCCUAGGGGAUGAAGAGGGAGGAUGGAGCCAGCGGGGAUGUUAAAGUUUUCCGAGUGCGCAUGCGCCGCGGCUGUCACGAUUCUGCUGCUGCUGCUGCGUGCUGCAGGUGGAAACAUGGCGAUGAAGGCGCUCCGAGGGAUGGUGAGCGAGCUGUCGUCGGCCGUCAGCGGGAGCAGACCGACCGCCGCCGCGGCGUCCGCCGCCGCCAUCUCCCGGGAGCAUGUGAUGUCCGUGAGCCGGGAUUACCUCUCCCAGCCCCGCCUCACCUAUAAGACGGUGUCUGGAGUCAACGGGCCGCUGGUGAUUCUGGAUCAGGUGAAGUUUCCGAAGUACGCCGAGAUCGUCCAUCUCACGCUGCCGGACGGGACCCGGAGGAGUGGCCAGGUGCUGGAGGUCAGCGGCUCCAAAGCCGUGGUGCAGGUGUUUGAGGGGACGUCCGGCAUCGAUGCCAAGAAUACCAGCUGUGAGUUCACCGGGGACAUCUUACGUACACCCGUCUCUGAGGACAUGUUGGGCCGUGUGUUUAAUGGAUCUGGUAAACCUAUCGACAGAGGACCAGCGGUCCUGGCUGAAGACUUCCUGGACAUCAUGGGUCAGCCCAUAAACCCCCAGUGUCGUAUCUACCCUGAGGAGAUGAUCCAGACCGGCAUAUCUGCCAUCGAUGGCAUGAACAGCAUUGCCAGGGGGCAGAAAAUCCCCAUCUUCUCUGCUGCUGGGCUGCCGCACAAUGAGAUCGCCGCCCAGAUCUGCCGCCAGGCUGGUUUGGUGAAGAAGUCCAAAGACGUGAUGGACUACAGCGAGGACAACUUCGCCAUCGUGUUUGCAGCCAUGGGGGCCCUCCCCACAUUAGGUGAGUUUGACGUGGUGUGA